GCAAUCAUAUAUCAAAAAAUAAAAAUAGCUAACUACAUGGUUUAUACAUUGUACUUUUAUUUUGUAAGCGCAACUUUACCGUCUUAACGUCACAUCCGGAUCAAGAUGGCAGCGACCUUGUGUGGCAAGCUUCUCCCAAGAGCAGGUUGGCUGCCAUUAACCCAAAGUGUUCGUCAUGGCUCCAAAGCAGUCACCCGUCACAGAAAGCCAGUGCACUUUCUCAAGCAGAAGCUGUUGGCUGUCACAGAGUACAUUCCCCCUACACCUGCAGCUCCUCCUGGUGCCCUUGCUCCCCGAGUUAGAAAGACUGAAGAGGAAAGUGGUCUGGCAGUUUUGUUGAGGAAAGACCUUGAAAGUUUAUUUAAGGAGUUUAAGAUGAUUGCUGUGGUCCAGAACAAUGCAACAAAUGCAGAGGACAUGUUGCUCCUUAAACACAGACUGAAAAGACACAACAUCAAUGUCAAAUUUUUCCCAAACCAGGUUAUGCCACAUUAUAAUGAUGAUUACAACUGUUGCAAUGUGGGUUUGUACUAUGUAACAACAUUUUACAUGUUUUUGCAGGUGAUGCGGUCCUUCCUCAAUGACAGUAAAUACAGUAACAUGUUGCCUCUAUUUAUUGGCCAGACUGUAAUAUUUGUUAGUAAAGAGCCAAAAGUUAAAGAGAUGCUGCAAGUGUUGAGGGGCACUCCUCAGAUGGUGCUUUUAGGAGCUUGUAUAGAAAACACAUUGCUCUCAUUUCAAGGCAUUCUCCUUUACUCCAGACUCCCAUCCAUGACCACUGUUCAAGGUGAACUGGUUAGUGGUCUAACAAUGAUGACCUCGCAUACUGUUUCACUGCUACAUCGCCACCCAGCCCAUCUUUCCGACCUCCUUCAGCAAUAUGUCAAACAGCGGGAAGCCGGGUACGCCUCAGAGGCUGUUAGAGAUAAAGACGCUCCUAAAAUACAGGAAGCAACUCUCUGAAUUUUACUAAUAGACUUGAAUGAGACAUUUAGAGGAAUUAAAUCAUCCAGUGCAGUGUCACCAUGUGUAUAAAGUAAGAACGACUGUAUAUGAUUAAUGUCAUCUGCAUAAUAAAACUGUGUUAUUUAAAAUUGG